AUGGACGGGUUACAGUCAGAAAAUGCUGGAGUUGGUGGCAUCGCGGAAGACGCGGAGGAAAAGUAUCGCGCUCUUGCCUAUGACACUGCUCUGAGCACUUUGGUGGCAGUGGCCCUGUAUGUUGUGAUAAAAGUGAGCCUGGACGGCUUCAGACAGUGGCGGGCCAAGAUCUCGGUGCUCGUCGUGGGUUCGGGACCCGUGGGACUGACGGCCGCGCUGGUUGCUGUCCGCUCCGGGAAGGUGCUGAAAUUGACCGUGCUGGAUGAAAGGUACCGGACCGCCCUGCUCUCCCGGCCCCAGCAGAUCGCCCUGGAUCCCCGCAGUGUGAAGUUUCUGCUGGGACUCGGGGUGGACUUUGAUAACAUGGAGGGCUGCUGGCACAACGAUCAUUUCUUCACCAGGAUAGGCGUGUUUCAGGAGUACCUGCUGAGCAUACUUGAGCAGAAGAAACAGAGGGUGGACGUCAAGGUGCAGUUGGGAACCAAGUUCAACGAGGAUUACCUGCAGCAGAUUCCACGCAAUGAUUGGCCACGUGUAAUUGUGGUAGCUGAUGGAUCUUGUGGCGACUCCUGCUCUGUGUUGGGAAUCAGCUCCGACUACACUGUGGAGUCUUGCCAUGCAUAUGGAGCUAAUGCAACUAUAGAAAGAUUAGACCAGAGACAGGUGCCCACUCCUGAGAUCCGUGCUCACAGCCUUUACUUUGACCUGUCUGCUUAUGGCGUGGAGGCGCUCAGAGAGCACAGAAACCCAACAACCAAGCCUGGCUUUCACUUGAAGAUCUAUGGCACUUUCAGAAACCGCUACAUGGCCCUUGUCUGCCCUUCCUCUGACACCAAGAUGGUUCGCUUUCUUAGGCAAACUGCACACUCCUCUAUCAUGAAGAACAUUUUCCAUCAAUCUUUCAAUGCCUAUAAGACGGACAUAGAGCCUCGUCUCAACGAUGUGACCCUCCAUCACAUGCAGUGCAGCCGCCGUCUCUUUGAGAUUCAGUUGUCGCACAGGCGUAUUAGUGCUGCCUACAUAGAAGGGGACAAUGUGGCGGUCACUGUGGAGGGUGAGGCAGCACGUGUUCUUAAUUUUGACACAGGUUGUGGAGUGAAUCUAGGCAUGCGUGGCCUGGAAUCAAUGGGGACAUUCAUUUACCAGACAGCCACAGCUGUGGACCAGAAUGAUAUUCUUGAGGCGCUGUCAGCAAAGAUGCUGCACUCUAGACAGGUGGCUGAAACCUUCAAGCAGACAGGUCUGGCUGAGUCAAUGUAUGAAUGAAAUAGUAGUGAAUGCAUAUUGCAUAUUGCCACCUAGUGGAAAGUGGUGGUGGAUUAUUUACUGGGUGUUUGCAACAAAUCAUGCAAAUCAUGCAAAAAAAUGGACCACUGGGGUGCUUCUAUAGCCAAGUUAUUAAGGUCACAUACCACAUGGGUUCUUAUUCCCUGAGUAGUGAGCAUGUGAUUUGAUUCCCAGCUGGAAGGAUAUUUACUACAUUUCACAUCCCUGUUCUCUUUCCUAGUAUUUUGUGUUUGCCUGCACUGCCUUUUUUUCUGAAGUAACCUUUAAAAAGAAAAGGAAACAAAAAAAAACCAACAACAAAGUAAAAACAAAACAACUGCACUGCUCAGUGGAAGCAUUCCAGAUGUAGCUCUUUUGUGAUGUAUAGCGAGUGAAUCUAUUCAUGCUGAGAAAUACAGAACUGGAAAAUAUUUGCAUAAACAGAUGGAUAAUCUACUUUUUUUUUUAAAUUAGGUAAACCGUUGACUUGCUGUCCUAAACUGAGCUGAUUGCAUUCCCAAAUGUGUUCCCAGAGAAAAACAGUGUGUCAGUAUCAUGAACUUGAACUGAUAUCCAGUAUACAUGCAGAAGCAGCUGCUCUAAAGUGUUCUUAUUUUUGUCUGCAUGUGUUUGUCUAAUGAUGUGGUGAUAAUUAUGGUGACAGCAUUAAGGAUUUCCUGGAGUGGCUCAUUUUUGUGUGCUGCUUUGUAA